AUGAGUCAUGAGCCACAGAAAGAGAAAGAGACCCAUCUUCACUUCUUCCUUCAUGACAUAGUCACCGGCAAAAACCCAACUGCAGUCAAGCUUGCGCAGGCCAACCUCACAACAAGUGUUUACAACAACCCAACAUUAUUUGGCUACACGUUUGUCGUCGACGAUCCUCUCACCGUCGGUCCCGAACCAAAGUCGAAGGUCAUCGGAAAUGCCCAGGGCGUCUACGUAUCAUCCAAUCAAGGCAAAGACCUAGUUCUGGUAUUUUACCUCGAUUUUGGUUUCACGACAGGCAAGUUUAAUGGAAGCUCCAUCAGUGUUUUUUCGAGGAAUCCGGUGGCGGAUCCAGAAGUGGAGCUUGCAGUUGUUGGAGGGAGAGGGAAGUUUCGGAUGAAAAGAGGGUUUGCUAUGCUUAAGAUUGUUUCCUUUAACCCUACUCUUAGCAACGCUGUGGUUGAAUGUCAUGUCACCGUUCUUCAUUAUUGA